AGUCACUAGUGCUCUAUAGCUAGGUGCAGGUGAGGAGGAUUGGUACACAGGAGGCUUUGGCAGCUUAGACCGGCUUAAACCAGGAAACUCCAGCAGGGGAAUGGAGCUUCAAAACAGAGAAUGUGAAGCCUGAUGGUGCUCAGUCCUCAGGGAUGAACAUGGAGCCAUGCUGGUUACUGCAGAGAAAAUCCAGGAUGACUUUAUUGUCCUCCCAGCAACAACAAAGACAUUUCAAGCAACCUGAUACAAAAAAAAAAUGUUCUCCCUGCGAGAAAGUGUGCGAAACACAGAGUUCAAAUGGAGGUGCAUCUAACCAAAAGAAAACAGACAUGGAUGGGAAAAAAGUUAAGAUAGUAUCUUCAACAAAGAGAAUUAGGAUCCACCCAGAGGCAGAGAGAAUUCUGGGAAGUUCCUGCAUAGCUGUUGUAUGUCUGGAACGACUGACUUUCCAAAUAGACCCUAAUGAGUCCGUAUUUCUAGUAAAUAGGCAGCCAUUGUUGUCUAUGGUUACACCACGUACACCUCAGCUGCACACGGAACAGCAGGGGGUUGUGAUCCAAGAAGAGCAUUCUCAGAAGAGUCGAUUCCAUCAGGAUAUUGAACAGAGUGCAGAGUGCAUAAAUGUGUCACCUCGAUCUGAACACGGGCCAGCUCAAAAAGAAGGUAUGGAACUUGUUUCAACAGAAACACAUGCUCUGGACAGAUCCGUACCAUCAGUACCUGCUACAGCACAGGCACCAGCAUCUACUACAGAGGCACCGGCAUCUGGUAUGGGACAAGACUAUGAAUCUGGAUUUGACUUCCAAGAUGAGUGGGAUCCAGGUAUGAAAUUCGAAUCAAUGCUAGACCUGGAGUCAGAAUUGGAACUGAAAUCAAAAUCUGAUUUGGAACCGGAACACGAUAUUGUUCUGGAGUUGGAAUUGGAAUCCCAAAAAUCUGUUUCUGAUCCAGUGUGCAAGGGGUACGGUGAGUGGCAAGAAGGGCACUGUUCCACUAAUCACGAGUACUUAGUGUUGAUGGAGCUGCAUGGAAAAGACAAGGGGACAGAGAAGAUAGAAGAUGGGACAAAUAAGGGAGAAGAGAGAAUAGAAGAACAAGAAGAUACAACCGAGGAAGGUUAUGAACACAUAGGAGGGAAAACAGAUGCAAUGAAGGAAAGAAGAGAAGCUACGAGAGGGAUUGUCAAGGUGACGGAGGAGAGAGAAGAAGAUGGCAAAGAAGAAAAAGUGACAGAAAAGAGAGAGGAGGCAUCUUUGGAGAGAAGAGAGAUGGAGAGUGAGGAUUUCUGUGCUGUUUGUUUAAAUGGAGGGGAGCUGCUCUGCUGUGAUCACUGCCCAAAGGUCUACCACCUGUCAUGUCAUAUACCAGUUCUCAUGUUCUUCCCACUGGGAGACUGGGUGUGCACACUGUGUAGAAGUGACCAGGAGCUCCAGAUGGAAUAUGAGUGUGAGAACACAUGCUCCUCUGUGGGUGCUGGAGUCCCUUACACUCUGUCCAGAACACACCAAAGAAGAUGUGAGAAGCUGACUCUGCUGCUUUCCUGUCACAUCUCAAGCGCCCCAUUUCAGGAGCCUGUUAGCCCACUGGCCCGUAACUACUACCAGAUCAUUAAGAGGCCUAUUGACCUCUCAGUGAUCAGAAAGAAGCUGAACAAGGGAAACACUCUUCAUUACUUCACCUUUGAGCAGUUUGUGGACGACAUCAUGCUAAUGUUCAGGAAUUGUGCAACAUUUAACUAUCCAGACUCAGAGGUGGCCCAGGCAGGCCGUGAUCUUGAGGCCUUCUUCCUGACUAAGAUUCAGGAAGUGUUCCCAGACCAGACCUUCCCAAAGGCCAACCAGGACAGAGUGGACCGAGCCCAUCUCUCCUGGCGUAACAGGAAGAGUAAGAAACAUGUUUUAAGUGGGAAGAAAUAUUAUCUUUAAAAGAUUGCUGUUCUAUUUUAUUAAUGAUGAUCUAAUCAUGUGUAACCCACAUAUUACUGUAAAGUACCUUUAGUUCAGGUGGGGAGGGUAUGUGGAGUGGGGCUUAAGAAAGACUGAAGAAAUACGUUUUGAUAUGGUGAUUAACAUUUGGUCACUCUGGCUUGAAUUCAUCACAGGGUUGUUGGGUGUUAUUUAACCAUAGGUGCAAUUAAACCAUAACAUAACCGUAUGGCCAUUCUAUUUGUACAUCAGAUGAGCUAUAAUAAAGGAUUGAUUGAGCAACUUGA